GGCUGAGGUCAUAUCUAAUAUCUCCUCUCACUGUAGAUGAUCAGCAUAUGUCGACUUUCUGGUCAGGAUCCUGGCGUUUGUGGAGACCACUCGAGUUCAGGUCAGACUACUUUGUGCAUGUGAGAAACUGGUAGCAUCUGGCUUUUAGCGGGCAAUGCAUGGCUGGGUAUAUUGGCGUUGGCAUGUUUCAAAUGAAAUUGGUUUUCUAUUCCAUUUUAUGUUUUUUCCCCUACGUUAACUUGACAUUACGGAUCUCAGACGGCAUGGCUAAAUUCAUCAUACUGGCCAUAGUCUACUCACUUGCCUCAUCCUCCAGGGUUACUCUCCAAGUUACACGGAUGUUGUACGUUAGAUAUUGGAUAUUUCUAGGCCAUGUUGACAGGUAAGGUAGCCAUUUCAGUGAGUAGUGUGCGACGAUGGUUAUUGUUGACAUU